CCUUCACACACACACACACAAAUCCCUCUGAUUGUUCCUACCACCUCCUUCGUGAAUUACCCACAACGACAGCCAUUCAAUCAGCUGCUGCUGGCUGUAGGGGACUAGCGGAGGGUGUGUGUGUGUGUGUGUGUCUCUCUCCCUCUGUUUCACACAAGAGGAGUCAGAUGUAGCUUCUCUCGGGUUUUUUUUGGGGGGUGCUACGGAGAGAGGUGGGCAGGGAGUGAGCCGUUCGUCGGGGUUACCGUCUUUGGAGGGAGCAGCACUUGCUCUUCACACAGGCAGGGAGAGAGAGGUGUGGGGAAGGAUAUUUUUUUUUUUUUCUUUGCCGGAUGAAAAUGUUGAGUCCUGCAAACGGAGACCAGCUUCAUCUAGUGAACUAUGUGGAGGAUUAUCUGGACUCCAUCGAGUCUAUGCCCUUCGAUCUGCAGCGAAAUGUCUCCUUGAUGAGGGAAAUUGACGCCAAAUAUCAAGAGAUUCUGAAGGACCUGGAUGAUUACUAUGAAAAAUUUAAACGAGAGACAGAUGCUGUGCAGAAGAGAAGAAUGUUGCACUGCAUACAGAGAGCUUUGAUUCGGAGUCAGGAGCUGGGCGAUGAGAAGAUCCAAAUCGUCAGUCAGAUGGUGGAGCUUGUUGAGAACAGAACCAGGCAAGUGGACAGCCACAUGGAACUGUUUGAGACUUGCCAGGAGACUAACGAUACCACUGGAAACAGCGGGAAAGCCAGCCAAGAUAAGUCAAAGAAUGAGACAAUCGCACAGGCCGAAAAGCCCAACAAUAAGAGAUCGAGGCGGCAACGGAACAAUGAGAAUCGAGAAAAUGCUUCGAAUAACCACGAUCACGAUGACAUCACCUCAGGAACUCCAAAGGAGAAGAAAGCAAAAACGUCCAAGAAGAAGAAACGAUCCAAGGCUAAAGCAGAGAGGGAAGCUUCUCCACCAGACCUUCCUAUUGACCCUAACGAGCCAACAUACUGCUUGUGCAACCAGGUCUCCUAUGGAGAAAUGAUAGGAUGCGAUAACGACGAGUGCCCCAUCGAGUGGUUUCACUUUUCCUGCGUGGGACUCAAUCACAAACCGAAGGGCAAAUGGUACUGCCCCAAAUGUAGAGGAGAAAAUGAGAAAACUAUGGACAAGGCGUUGGAGAAGUCUAAAAAAGAAAGGGCCUACAACAGGUAGUUUGCAGACUUUUCCUAGUGAAGAAAAAGAAAACCACCAAACCAGUGUAUUUAUUGUCAGUGUCACCUUUGUUGAGGUGAAAGGAUUGUAAAAUGUAUAUUUUUAAAGGAGGUUUAAAACUGAACCAUUCCUGUUAUAGGGACGGCAAUAAGCAAUUUUGUUUUUCAUUUGGUAAACUGUAACAAGACUGUGGUCUGUGGACCAAUGUAUUCCAAAAUUAAAGUUAUAAGAGUUUAAACUGAAUAUUCAGGUGCGUCUUAAAAGAUAAAUUAAUAUUCUUUUUUUUUUAUCUUUUUUUUUUUUUUUUUUUUUUUUUUCUGCAGUGCUGGUAGCACUCUACCC